GCCGCCGGAGCCGGGGGGGGGGAGCGGCAGCGCGGGGUGGGCGCAGCGCCAAGCGGGGCCGCCGGGGGUUGCGCGUGUCUGGCCGCGGCGCCCGAAGAGGCCAUGCCGAAUAAAAACAAGAAGGAGAAAGAACCUGCAAAAUCGGGCAAAAGUGGAAAAAGUGGCAAAGAUGGACAAGAAAACCAAGAACAUGAAGUGUCAAACAAAAAAUCAAACAGCGCUCCUCCCCCAGCACAGUUAUCUAAAAUCAAAGUACCAGCACCCCAGACAGUACUGAAAAAGGAAAAGCGUCAGAGUUCAUCAAGGUUUAAUGUCAGCAAUAACAGGGAGCUUCAAAAACUGCCAGCUUUAAAAGAUGUUCCUCCUGCUGAUCAAGAAAAGCUUUUUAUCCAGAAGUUACGACAAUGUUGUGUACUUUUUGACUUUGUUUCUGAUCCACUAAGUGACCUAAAGUGGAAGGAAGUAAAGCGAGCAGCUUUAAGUGAAAUGGUAGAAUAUAUCACACACAAUCGCAAUGUGAUUACAGAACCUAUUUACCCUGAAGUAGUACAUAUGUUUGCAGUUAAUAUGUUUCGAACAUUACCACCAUCUUCCAAUCCAACUGGAGCAGAGUUUGAUCCAGAGGAAGAUGAACCAACUUUAGAAGCUGCAUGGCCUCAUCUGCAGCUUGUUUAUGAAUUUUUCUUAAGGUUUUUAGAAUCUCCAGAUUUCCAACCUAAUAUAGCUAAGAAAUAUAUUGAUCAGAAGUUUGUAUUACAGCUUUUAGAGCUCUUUGACAGUGAAGAUCCCCGUGAAAGAGAUUUUCUUAAAACAACUCUUCACAGAAUAUAUGGGAAAUUCUUAGGCCUGAGAGCUUACAUCCGAAAACAAAUUAAUAAUAUAUUUUAUAGGUUUAUUUAUGAAACAGAACAUCACAAUGGCAUAGCAGAAUUACUGGAAAUAUUGGGAAGCAUAAUUAAUGGAUUUGCCUUACCAUUAAAAGAAGAGCACAAAAUAUUCCUAUUGAAGGUUUUGUUACCACUGCACAAAGUGAAAUCACUCAGUGUUUACCAUCCACAGCUGGCAUACUGUGUAGUUCAGUUUUUAGAGAAGGACAGCACGCUUACAGAACCAGUUGUAAUGGCACUGCUGAAAUACUGGCCAAAGACUCACAGUCCAAAAGAAGUCAUGUUUUUAAAUGAAUUAGAAGAAAUUUUAGAUGUUAUUGAACCAUCUGAAUUUGUAAAAGUUAUGGAGCCUCUUUUCAGACAGCUAGCCAAAUGUGUGUCCAGUCCACACUUUCAGGUUGCAGAGCGUGCAUUAUACUACUGGAAUAAUGAGUAUAUUAUGAGUUUAAUUAGUGAUAAUGCAGCAAAGAUUUUACCCAUCAUGUUUCCAUCUCUAUACCGGAAUUCAAAGACUCAUUGGAACAAGACAAUACAUGGCUUGAUAUACAAUGCUCUGAAACUCUUCAUGGAGAUGAACCAAAAACUGUUCGAUGACUGCACACAGCAAUUUAAAGCAGAAAAACUGAAAGAGAAGCUAAAAUUGAAGGAACGGGAAGAAGCAUGGGUUAAAAUAGAAAAUCUAGCCAAAUCAAAUCCCCAGUACCCAACGUAUAGUGACACGAGCUUGCUGAACAGUCCAGUUGCAAUGGAAACAGAUGGGCCUUUAAUUGAAGAUUUGCAGAUGCUGAAAAAGACAGUGAAAGAAGAGGCUUGUCAGGCACAGAAAGAUCAGAAAAAAGAUCGUCCUCUCGUGCGACGCAAGUCAGAACUGCCUCAGGAUAUCUAUACCAUGAAAGCCUUGGAAUCACAUUGCAGAGCUGAUGAAUUAAUAUCACAUGAUGGGCAUUAAGCUAUUACAGUGAAAUAUUAUUUUGGAGGAACAGUUUUUUUUUCUGGACUCAGUUCUACAGUAGAACUUAAUUUUUUGUGCCAUACCUAUUGGUUACACACAAAGUCAAAGUUUUCUUCAACCCAGUUCUGUAGGCAAUAACUUAAGAGUAUGCAGCUCAAGAUUAGUAGUUCAAACAAUGGUAAACAACCCAGUUCUGUAUGCAGAAUAUUGGGUUGACAAUAAUCAAGUGGACACAAUUUCCUGGAGGUGUUAUCGUAGUACCAACUGGCUGAUAACAUGCAGUUUUUAUAAUCACGUUUGAGAAGAGCAUUCUGUAAACUAAUUGCAUCUAAAUAAAUGAAUGACCAAUAGUUGGUACUAAUGAUAAAUGUGCAUUUUCAAAAGUAAAAUUAUAUCAAAUUUGAGUAUUAAACCUUUUGUAGGAUUUGUCAACUUUAUAGUUGUUUCCACAUUGCUAUCUUGUAAUAUACCAGCAGUUUUGAAAGUACGUGAUUAUUCUUUCGUACUAUGAAACAUGGCUUACAAACUGGUACCUGUCAUGACAAUCCUUGAUCAUGAUUCCUUUUAAGGGUUCUGUAAAUUCAUUUCUCCUUUACUUAGGAUAAAGAUAUAUAUACAAGUAUAUAUAUAUUCCAUGUCCUAAUACUUUAUGUAUAUUUAAAGCCAUAUUUUCCAGUCUUCAGUAUAUUAUAUGGCACCAGUAUUCCAGAAGUGAACUGGUAGAAUAAUUUUUCCUAAAAAAAAAAAAAAACAAAAAAAAAACCAACAAGUGUUUACUAUGACUGGGAACACAUUGAAUAUAAAAUUUCAUUUUGUUUUUUUUUUCCAAGUCAAUAAAAUACUCUUUCACUGUUUUCUCCCUUAUCUGAGCUUUUAAUACUCAGCAUUUUUCUUGGGCUCUAAGAGUUCAGUAUUCCAUGGCAGAUAUUUUGUGUCAUUUCAGCUGCAUCAGUUUUUAUCUGAAAGAUCAGGAAACAAAACUUCACAAGCUUAGGACAAAGUAAAAGGAGAAAAAGAACAGACAGUUGAAUUCCAUUUUGCUUCUUUUUUUGAGUCUAAGAGCUGGGGAGAUCGUGACCAUAACUUUAUUGUGAAAAUAUUUUUGUUGUUGUAAAGAGCACAUGUGCUGCAAAUACACCUCACGAGUGAACUGAAAACGCAUCUGAAUUGCUGAUGAUCUUCAAAUGCUGCUAUAUAUUCCACAAGAUUACUUGCAUGUAUUGAGCUUUUUGUUGUAGAUGGAAAAGCACGGGAGGAAAAUCUUUUUUAAAAUAUAGUUCUUUGUCUUCAAUAUUUGAUUUCUCUCAGGGUGGCCAGUAUUUUGACUUACUUAUCCUGCUUACAAGCUGUUUGAAAUGUGUUCUGCUAUUCUAAAUGGGUGAUUAGUUUCCUUUGUCUCUGGCAGUAACAUGAUAUAACUUAAUGUUUAAUGUCUUGAUGCAUAAAGAGAUAAAAAUGUGGCUUCUUUAAAAAUAGUUUUGUUUCAUUUUUUAAGGAAGUGUAAUGUCUCCUGCAUCCAUAAAGAUAUUGCACAAAGCAGACCUUCGUAGUAACCUUGUGCAGAUGCUGUGCCUGCUGUUUGUUGGUUGCAUUUAACAUACAAUUUCCAAUAUUUGUGGUCUACUGGAAGAAAAUUGUCAGCAGUAGAUAUUGGCUUACAAGAACUAAAUUUAAAGACCAACCCAACCUAUAAGUGGAAUGUCCACUGCAUCUGAAACAUUUCCUGUAAAACUUGAAAAAGAUUAUGCUUUACCAUAAGGAUAAACUCUAUUAGAACAGUUUAAAGAUGCCUUCUCCUUUUGAGGGAAAAAGGGUGCUUUUUUAAUUGUGUAAAGCAGUGUCUAUGUAUUUUGAUAUACCAUUGUUUGAACUUCCAUCUUUAGCUGGUAGAUUAUCAGUUACCUUUGAUUUUGGGUGUUCAGUAUGUUUGUGCAAGAGGUUGCUGAAAGGAAUUAUGUUACCCGAGGAGGGGAAGGAAAAAAAAUGUAUAUCAAUGUUUGAUCGACUGUGUGAUGCUCAACGUAUAAGAACAUUUUUCACUGUCUAAACUUAAUUUCUGUUCUUUAUUGAAGAUAAACAUUCACCAAAAAGAAAUAGAAAUAUGCUAUUUCUAGACACUUAAAUUUCAUAUAGAUUCAUAUUUUAAGUUUGGGGCCACUUGUCAUUUUAUUAGGCAGUAUUCCAAAAUCUGUCACCACUAAUUGUUUAGCAUGUUUAUUAUUAAUAAUUAUAUAUUUAUAAUCCUUUACUGAACCAUUCUUAAAAAAAAAACAAAAAAAACAACAAA